UGAAGGUGCAGGUGAUGGAAGCAUCAGAUGGUAGAUCCCACCUGCCUUCUGCCUACACUUCUGGAGACGCCGUGCAGCAGGACACACUUCUGGAGACGCCGUGCAGCAGGACACACUUCUGGAGACGCCGUGCAGCAGGACACACUCUGCACUAUGGCCUCCACGCUCACUCUCGCUCUUCUGUUUACUGCCCUCGUCCUUGGUGCUGGCGUUCCCCUGAACAAUGAGGUGGACAUCUUCAACGAGAAAGAACUAGCUAAAGAGUUCCACAACGCCUUUCAAAGUGGCUUCGCCAGCAGCAGCCUCAAGCAGGUCGCUCACGAACUAAACUUUGAGAAUCUUUUGCUUGGAGACUCGCAGUGGGAGACGAGAGAAGGUGGCUCCAUCACCCUCCUGUGUCUGACUUGCCAGGCCGGGGUCAGCGAGCUACUUCACAUGGUCAACAACGGCACCAGCCCCGACAUUAUUGUCGAUGGUAUCGUGGCCCUCUGUGUCGACCUUGGUAUCGCCAACCACGUCAUGUGCGACAGUUUAAUCAAGGAGGUCGAGCCUCAGUUACUGUGGAUCCUGGAGAACCGAGAGCUGACUGCCAACGAUGUGUGUGGGAUGGUUCUUGUCGGGUUUGGAUGCCACACUAACAACCCAGAUAGGGUGUGGGACGUGGCCCUUCCUGACGUACCCAAACCUCCGGUCAUAGACCCCGUCCUACCAGAGUACAACAGAAUCAUAUAUAGGUAUGAAUCAACCAUCGCAGGUCUGUUCUAUGGACACACACACAAGGACCACUUCUUGAUGUUCUAUGACCCAGAGGUGCCGGAGCGAGCCUACCACGUAGGAUACGUGGCUCAAAGUCAGACGCCAUACCACAAUCUCAACCCUGGUUAUAGGGUCUACACCAUUGAUGGCCACUAUGAGGACUCAUCUUACCGUGUGUUGGAUACCGAGAAUUGGGUGCUGGACCUUGAUGAAGCCAAUGAGAAUGAUAAUCCACGUUUCUACCAACUCUAUUCUGCCAAGGAGGCCUAUGGGAUGACGGAUCUGUUACCAGCAUCAUGGAAUAGCUUGGUGGAUCAGAUGAAGGAGCCCAACAGCACUGUCUUCGAUGAGUUCUUCAAGUAUUACACUAAGGAUGCCAGACCCUAUCGUGAGGAAGGUUGUUCUGAAGAUUGUAAGUCGUUUAUCCUGUGUCGCCUGGUCUCCUCUGAUACAUCUGACAAAUCACACUGUGAUGGUCUUUGAGUUAGCAAGCAAGUCAUAAAUGAUGCAUCAAACUGUGCUAUCAUGUUAAGAGUAUUAAAUGACCAUUGUUAUUUGGUGAUGCAAUUCAAUGGUAACUAAGGAGAUAUAAUGUGCAUAUAAGAUACUGUGAAGGGAUUCACUGUACUGAUAUAUUACUGUGUGAAGUUAACUGUACACUACCAAAA